GCUGGGUUGUACUUGUGCACACGCCUAUAAUUUGCGCACAGUCCUCCAACAAGUUUAUAAAGGAGCAGUCAAAUAUUACAAAUUUUUACUAGAUUUGUACAGUGGUAGAGAAAUUUGUGUUACCAUGAACCCGCACGACUGUAGCUGUGCAUCAGGUGCUCCUUGCUCAUGUGGAGAAGCUUGUAAAUGCACAAACUGCAAGUGUAAAUCCUGCAAAAAGAGUUGUUGCUCCUGCUGUCCAGCUGAAUGCAGUAAAUGCAAACAAGGCUGCAAAUGUGAAAAAGGCAAAGAGAAAUGCAACUGCUGCAACUAAUGUCUUCUGCCUAUUACAGUACUGAUUGUCAUUGCCAUUAUCAAAUACUUGUGUGUUAAAUAUAUCCUAAUAAACUUCAAACUUCUGGAAAAAAAAA